UGCAUAUAUGGAGAGCACUGACUUUCUCAACAUAAGUUGCCUCUCGUGACAUGGUCCCGCAUCUACGGCCCGCCUGUUCUAAGUGUCACUUAACCUUUAAUGGACCUACUCAUGGCCGUUAUAAUGCCAAGAACUUCCAAUCUGCAUCAAUCCAGCCAUCUGCAUUGGAUAUCUCGGAUAAAAAAAUCAAAAUAUUGUAUAGACGUCCUUGACACGCUAAAACAUAACAACAUUCAACACGGCUGAAUCUCCUUAUCACGAUCGUAAAGUAUUUAACGAGCGCUUGUUCAUUGUUAACUUCAUAAACAUAACAAGAUAGGAAACUACCUUUUAUGGGGAAGAAGCUAUUGAGCAUUCAGCCGUGAAAUUAAACUUGCAUUGACCGCAUAACUAUCCUAGACCUGAACAUGUUUUCGUAUCUUUGUGAAUAUAGGAUAAUAUUAUUCUCUUGUUGGCGUUUUUAAUUUGACAUUCUGCAGAUACAAACAGCGAUAUCAAUGGCAUUAUUAAAUAAAAAUCAAAUGUACACCAUUGCCGGUGAGCCGGAGGAUGUUUCAGAAUACAUAUUAGCCAAAGGAUAUUUGCCAAAUGACAAAGAUUUACCAAAAACGUCUAUCCUGAGAAGUGGUGAUAGCGACGUUACGUAUCUUCUUUCAAAACUGUCUGAUGAAGAGCUUAUUAAACUCCUUAGCGAGCAACCGAAUAAGAGUGAAUACAACUUAAAGGACAUAGUCAAGAUUGCUUCCGAAUCGAAGUUUGCUGAAAACUACAAACCAGUUGUUGACUUACCAAGCAAACCUUUGCCUGUGAUUAAUGAGAUCUUAGAAAAUCAUAACAAAAAUAAGAGGUUUCAAACAAUUUCUGACAGAAAUAAACCACAAGGGGCAUUUUUUCGGUUAGAAAAUAAAGAAGUCGACCCUUUUCCUGCUAAAAAAGGCGGGGACCCUCAGUAUGAAGCUGUACAAAAACUGAACAAUUUACUUUAUAAUCGUCCAUCAGAAAUCGAACCUGAAGAUAAGGAUGACGACGAAGAAGAAAAGAAAGAACUAUUAUUUGAUGUUCUCGUAGCUCAAUUAAAAACACUCUGUUGUAAAAGAAAUAAGCCCACCCAGAAGAAGGACAAAACUAAAUUGAAACUUAAAGCUUUAUUAAAUGACAUAAUGCCACAAGCAACAGUUACCAAACCUUACGUGCCGGAACAUAAACAAUCACAAAGCACAAUGCCUAAUGAACAAAUGUUCUUAAUUAUAAAUGACGAAGUUAAGAGUAAUGGUAGUGAUGAUGGGCUCAUAUCAGUCGAUCCCGAGAGUCUCGGGUCAAAUAGUAGUGUAAUGUUGCUAGGCCCAAUAGCAACACCUCUUUCAGAAGCUCAACUAAAGAUAGUGAUGAUGCGUAUUACAAAUGAGUUGUCGAAACCAGAGUAUACAUCUCUUUUGCAACAAAUAUCAGAUGGAACACUUAGUGAUGAAAAUAUAAGGCUCGUGAAUAGCUUGGUAUCUGGACCACAAACACGAAGAUACAUCAAGCCUCACAGAUGUAACCACCAAUCUAAGCUUGCCAAAGUUUACGGAGGUCCUAAGUGGAUAGUUUGUACAGGAUAUUUAAAUUUGAAUACACCCAGCCGUUAUGAUUAAACUUAGGUUAUUAUAAUACGUAAAAUAAACGAAUUAAGAUUUAAAUUAGUUUAGGAAA